CGACUUGAGCUUUCGAGCAAGUAGAGGAGAGCAGCGAUGGCGUUGGUGCCUGGGUGCGUGCAGUGCGGGACGCGGAGCAACCCGUGCCGGUGCAAGGUCGUCGGGCCGACGCUGGGGUUCGUGGCCUUCGUGGUCACCGGCGUGGUGGAGUGGCCGCUGGGCGCGGCGGUGUACCUGUUCCGCCACCGCAAGGGCCGCCGCAUCAUGGGUCACCCCGCCAGGGUCGUCUACCCCCGCGUCACCGGAGCCAUCCCCAUCUAAUCCUGUUCCUGUUCCGGUCUCGUCUGAUCUGAUCCCCUCCUGGCUGUGGCUGUGUGUAUGAUGUAAUGUAAUGUAACCUGGUCCGUCAGCUUGUUUUGUUGAUUGAUUGUUUCA